AUGUCUACUGAACCAAGUGAAUAUUCUGUAGGCAUCGACGUUGGUGUUACAAAGACUGGCAAGCCACCCUUACCAACCCUUUCUUUAUCUUCCGAAAUUUCCGUCAUAGUUGUAACAUACGCCGGCCCCAACAUCCCUAUCCGCGUCUGGACACCUGGCAACGAUGAUGACUGCUGUAUACCGUCUGUUAUGGCUUAUGAUGACGACGGUGAAUUUGUCUGGGGUCACCAGGCUGCCGACAGCGAUGACGCAUUAGCCUGGACGAAACUUCUCAUCGACGGAUCGCCGGCUUUGGAUGUACGUGGAUCAAAUCUGGAAGGUAUCGUGAAUGGGAAAAUAGGUAAAACAGGUGAGAGGUCCGUAGAGACGGUCAUUGGGGAUUUUUUGGGUGCACUUCGGUUGCAAAUUCUUGCGACACUCCGGAGACACUCGGUGAAUCCUCAGGUAACCUGGUGCCUGGCCAUGCCAGGCUGCUGGUCUCCCGUUGGAUCGCAGGUAUUUCGAAAGGCCGUUACGCACGCCCGCCUCGAGUUGCCAGGCCAUCAGGUACUAUACACAUCUGAGUCUUGGGCUGCGGCCCGAUGGGUUGAAUUUAGUCUCAGGGCCAACCAAGGCAUCCAGUCUGGGGACGUGCUCCUGGUUUGUGAUUGUGGUGGAGCCACCACGGAUCUAGACAUAAUAGAGGUGGAAGGAUUGCCGCCGCACAACUUGAAGGCCCCGCACGCGCCACAAAGUAUCCGUUGUGGGGGUGUCGACGUGGAUUCAGCACUGUUCCAGCAACUUCGCAAUAGGUUCCAGAGCACCCAGGCUUUCCGGCGUGGUCGGCCUGCUGCUAUCGCACGCCGUGCUGUUAGCGAAGCCAAGCAGCAGUUUACCGGCGAGGAAGGGAGCCACGUUGACGUUCAAAUCUUGAGGAGAAAUGCUUUGAUCGACCAUCGAUUUAAUUCCGCGCAUCUCGUCGCCGCCUUUCAUCCGCUGGUCACCCAUGUUUAUGAUGUGAUCACGCAUAUGAUCGGACAAUACCAGGGUAAAAUAACCAAGGUUGUCCUGGUAGGAGGAAUGAGCAAAUCCGAGUACUUCCGGGAGUACAUGCGAAACUCCCUCAAUGACCUUCCCGCGGACAGCCGACCGGAGUUGUUGAGUCCGAUAACGCAGGCUAUCAGUGCCGUUGCGCGCGGGGCGGUCUUGCAGGCAAUCGACCGGCCGCGACGCGUCGAGAGCUUGAGAGGCUAUCAACUUUCCCUUCCCUUCAUCGAACCAGGGCGCAAUGGGUUUACGAACGGCUCUCAAACCUUUGUUGCUAUCAGACAGGGGUGUAGGGAUGUUCCGCGGCAAGGCGAGUUCCCAGCGGUAGUACGCUUCCGUCCCAAUGAGACGGGCCGUAACAUCAACCUGUUCAGCUUGGGCCCGCCAGGUGGAAGUCAACCCACACUCGUGACUUAUGCCCCAGUCAUCGCACCCACCCAAGUGCAGCACAGCCUGGAGACACUGUGGCAAGGGCAGGUGGCAUACCGAGAGUACACAGUCAAAGUCUCAUGGUUCAUUAACUAUGGUGCGCAACUGGAAAUCCAGUGGGAAGUGUGGACCACGAAUGGGCGCCAGCCCGAUUCGCAUCUUGUUGAGAGAAUAGCCCGGCUGGUACACCCUGCAAAGAAAGAGUUGCACCUGGUAUGA